UUCAGCAUUUUCCGCCAAUUUUAUCUACGUUUUUGUUGCCAAAGCAUAAUUUGCCUGUUUUUGGUGUUUUAACACUCCUAACGACUUCAAGAAACUUCAAUUCUCCAAGCUCUCUGCAGAGGGACAAACAAAGGGUUUCUGUGACCUAACCGAUCAACUUUCAAACAUGCAGUAAGUGCAUUACAAAGUUAUUUCAUAUGCUUCAUUUGGCUGAGCGAUUGAUACAUAUGUUUUAAAACUGUGUUCACCUCAUUUAUCGAGCCGGAGUACGGAACAUAACAAUAAAUAAACUUUCCUUGAUGGAUUAUAACACAGUUAUGCAUCAGGCAUAGGUCUUACCCAAAACUGACAGACAACUGUAUUAAAAGUUGCUCAAUAUGACAUGUAAUGAGGAAUUCUCCUCAAGGGCUGUCACGGUUGCGUUAUGGUAGCGCGGAGUGUAACGAGUUCGCUCCUUUCAUUAUUUCAUGUUAUUUCAUGUUAUGAGAAGUCCAUAUCGAUCUUAAGUUCUUGUGCGUCUUCAUUUAAAUGCUUUUUGGAAUACUAUUUUCAGUCGAAGAUCAUGGCCAACACAUCGCUUAAGCUUCUCCAACAUAGCCUGCAAACAGGGAUCACUACGUCGGGAAUGGAAUCAAUUUUUUUCAAACGGGACCAUUCCGGUUUUUUCGGGAUCAAGGAUCAAAAUUAUCCGAAAUUUUGGGUCAUGGAUCACAGACAUCACAAACAAUGGAUGAAAAUUGGGAUCAUUUGUAACCUAAAUACCUCGUUAGGGCCCUGAAAGGAGCAUGAGUUUGAAAAAUGAGCAUAAUUUAAGCAUUUAAUGGGCAAAAAAGAGUAUUGUUAGGAGCAUGAAAUGCCAGUUUAACUAGCAUAAUCGAGAAGGGCCUACAGUCAGGUUCUAAUCACGUUCAAAAUUGAUUGCAUCAUCACAGUCGUCUUUUAAGCGAGAAACUGCGAGCGUAUAACCUUGGUACCGGUAUGACUGAUUAUGACUGAUUUAGGUUGAAAUCUACGAGAACAAGAAAUGACGUCACUUCCUUUACAAUUUGGAGAGCACUAUUUCAAGAGUGGCCAGGUAAUUUUAGAGAAAUCUCAACAGAGAAGCAAAAAUGUUAAACUGUUACGAGAGCAACUUCCUCCUUUAGUUGAGACAUUGUUCGUAACGUGUAAACAACGAUCGUGUCUAAAUGUAUUAAGUGUUGGAGGUGGAUCAGGGGAAAUAGAUUUGGAAUUCUUGAAAAUAGUGACGGAAGAGUUAAAGAAAAGUGAGCACGGCCGUCAAAUGAAGAUCUUCAACCGAGCCAUCGAACCCAACGAAUAAUCGUGCGGACUCUACAAAGCAGCCAUUGUAAUCCUGCCACACCCAAAUGCUGCAGAAUUUGAUUUUUGCAAGCAAACAUUUAAAGAGUACCAAGAAGGCCAGAAGGGUUGUGGCGAAUCAAUCAAGUUUGAUUUUGUGCAUUUCAUCCAUAGCAUCUAUCACGUAGAUAUCGAAGACGCUUUAGUUUACUGUUUUGAGGAAGAAUUACACGACCAUGGAAUCCUCGUCUGUAUCCUCUCAGGGCAUGACCUCAUGUAUUCGAUCACUCUAAAACAGAACACUAAGUGGCAUGGAAAACGAAAGGAUAAAGGAAUAUACGACACAGCCGAGAAAAUCACCCGCGCUGCUGACGAUAACGGCUGGAAAUACGAUAUACACACACAAGAAUAUUCCAUCGAUGUCACCGAAGUGUUUGAUGAGAAUUCAACCAACGGAAAUCUGCUUCUUGAUUUCCUGACGCACACAGAAAAUUUUCGCGAGACUGCAGACAAACAGCUUGUAAAAGAAACUCUUGAAUUAAUUGAAGAUCUGACCACUGUUAAUAAUGGCAAACGUCUCGGAAAAAAGAGAGACUCGCUUGUUUUCAUUUAUAAGUAAAACAGCUGUCUUGUUUAUUCUUUUUUGUGUGUUUUCUGACAUUUACUGAUCAAUUCUUAUGAUACAUCAAGAACAAGGACAAUGAUAUUAAUUUGAUUAUUUACAAAAAGUUAUAUUCUACCUAUCUGACCUGUAAAUUUAUAAUAGACCUUGACAAGCUUUUAGAGCGCUUUCUUGGAGACCUCUAUUUUAUAUAUUACAAUUUAUAGUUAUUUAGAGUUCUUAUUCCAGGUAUAAUUUUUGCAGAUCCAUUGGUGCCUUGGAACUUGUGAUAAGUAGCCGAAUGAGUUGCUCAAACUUUGCCUCAGUCUAAGAUUUUUUUAUGGGAAUCGUAGAGUUUCAUGCAGGUUAGCCCCUCACUUUUAGUGUUGCAAAAUUGUGUUUAAGGUGUCAAACCCCAUUGUCAAUAAACCUUUUAAAUAACCUU